AUAUGCAACGCAGGACAAGCUAGUUAAACUAGUAAUAUCAUCAACCAUGUGUAGUUAACUAGUGAUUAUGGUAAGAUUGAUUAUAUGCAACGCAGGACAAGCUAGUUAACCUAGUAAUAUCAUCAACCGUGUGUAGUUAACUAGUGAUUAUGGUAAGAUUGAUUAUAUGCAACGCAGGACAAGCUAGUUAAACUAGUAAUAUCAUCAACCGUGUGUAGUUAACUAGUGAUUAUGGUAAGAUUGAUUAUAUGCAACGCAGGACAAGCUAGUUAAACUAGUAAUAUCAUCAACCGUGUGUAGUUAACUAGUGAUUAUGGUAAGAUGGAUGGUUUUUAUAAGAUAUGUUUAAUGCUAACUAGUACCUUACCGUGGCUCCUUGCUGCACUCACAUUACCGGUAGUCAGCCUGCCAUGCAGUCUCCUCGUGGUGUGCAAUGUAAUCGGCCGUGAUCGGUGUCCAAAAAUGCAGAUUACCGAUUGUUCUGAAAACUAGAAAUCAGCCCUAAUUAAUCGGCCAUUCGGAUGAAUCGGUCGACCUCUGAUAUCAACGUGCUGUCCUCUGUAAAUGUUUAUUUCCCCUGUGUCUCCUGCCCCAGUAUCUGGCCCCAGUACGUGAAGGACAGGAUCCACUCGACCUACAUGUACUUCGCAGGCAGUGUGGGGAUGACAGCUCUGUCGGCUGUAGCCGUCAGCAGGACCCCAGCCCUCAUGGGAGUCAUGAUGAGAGGAUCCUGGCUGGCUAUUGGAGCUACCUUUGCAGCCAUGAUUGGAGCAGGCAUGCUGGUCAGAUCUAUCUCUUAUGACCAGAGCCCAGGAGCCAAACAUCUAGCCUGGAUGCUACAUGCAGGUGUGAUGGGAAGGUCAUAGCCCCCCAUGACUCUGCUGGGCCUGAUGAUGAGGGCAGCCUGGUACACAGCGGGCAGUGGGGGUCUGUCCACCGUGGCCAUGUGCCCCAGUGAGAGUUCCUCAACAUGGGGAGGACCCCUUGCGGUGGGCUUCGGAGUGCACGUCUUCGCCUCCUCUAUCGGUUAG